UAAAGUAAAUUACUAGAAGAAGCAUUAAGCAGAAGGAGUCAGAAGUAGCGAGCCCCUGCCCAGGUCUGACACCUAGCACUCCACAAGCUUCUCUGCGCUCCCAACCUCAACCUUGAACUCAGGAGGUGGCUGGCCACCGGUCUCUGUGUGGCAGAGGAGUAAUGCAAUGCUGUGCUGUAGAACUUGCUGGAAACCCACCCUCUACCAUGCUGAGGACCACUGUUCCUAGGGGAAGGGGGGACUCACUGGAGCCACUCUGCCACAAGUCACCUGAGGGAAACUUAGAAUUGUGUGGGCUGGUCCCUUCUUCCUUUCCUCACUGCAGGUAAUGGGAUGGAUUUGGGGUGUGAAACAGAUUUAUCACCAAUCAUGUCACAGCUUCUCAAACCUUCAGAUCAGACUGGCUCCUGCUACCCUAAUUUCCUUGUUCCAGGUCACUUUUCGUACAACACUUGCUUUAUAUCAUACACCUGCCUUUUGGAAAGAAAUGAUGUCAUCACACAGAAAUAAGCUGUUGUUGAGCUGUGGUCUGGCUUGACUGGAGUUCCCGCAAUGUCUGAGAGAUGCCAGUGGCCACAGAUGUCUUUAAUUCCAAAAACCUGGCCAUUCAGGCACAAAAGAAGAUCCUGGGAAAGAUGGUGUCCAAAUCCAUUGUCACCACUUUGAUAGAUGACACAAGCAGCGAGGUGCUGGACGAGCUCUACAGAGUGACCAGGGAGUACACCCAGAGCAAGAAGGAGGCAGAGAAGAUCAUCAAGAACCUCAUCAAGACGGUCAUCAAGCUAGCUGUCCUCCACAGGAACAACCAGUUCAGCCACGACGAGCUAGCACUGAUGGAGACAUUCAAGAAGAAGGUGCACCAGCUGGCCAUGACCGUGGUCAGCUUCCACCAGGUUGACUACACCUUUGACCGCAACGUCUUGUCCAGGCUGCUGAACGAGUGCAGAGAGCUGCUGCAUCAGGUCAUCCAGCGCCACCUCACCGCCAAGUCACACGGACGGGUCAAUAACGUCUUUGACCACUUCUCAGAUUGUGAUUUCUUGGCUGCCUUGUAUAAUCCCUUUGGAAAAUUUAAACCUCACUUGCAGAAACUUUGUGAUGGCAUCAACAAGAUGUUGGAUGAAGAGAACAUCUGAGCGUGCCAGUGAGCCCUCGACUCACCGCCACUCAUGAAGGAAGGAAGAAUUUUUUUUUAAAGAUUACGCGUAUUUCAGAAAGACUUGACCCCGUGAACUGUCACACAUUAGUGGUAGUGCCUUUAUGAAGUGUGCUGUAUUUGAAGAAAAGCAUAUUGCCAAAAAUUCUGGUUAAAAUCUUCCUCAAGUGGGGAUAGGUCAUGGGAAGAUUGUGUGGUUGUGUGCAAAUGUAGUCAUACAAAGAAAUAUAAGGGAUGCUGCAAAAUCUAAGACUAUUUUAGGGCACCUUUGUCUUGGUGGCACAUUGGGGAUUUCUAAGAUGUACAUCUAGGUGUUUUGACUCUUUUAUUCCUUGCUACCAUGCUGUGUGUAUGCAUCUCUUUAAAAGCCAGCCACUUUCUCUUGCUUCCUUGCUCCUUUUGAAACAAUUCUGUUUUCAGUUGUACCUUCCCUUGAUCCUUUUGUUAAAGAUUAUGUCAUUGACAUUCAAGAAUUAAAUUUGAAGCAGUCCAGUUAAACCCUCAGGAAGACAGAAAACUGUAUCUGCACUCAGUAUUAUGGAAAUGGCCUCUUGGACAUUGCAGUGUGAGCACAGGUUCCCAAAAAGGAGUUUAUAUGUUCAGUAGCAACAGUGAUACUAGAUUCUCAAAAGUAGUGACGUGUCACUCCUCUGAGAGGCUUCCUCGGGGCCAACUCUGACACCAUCUUGAUGGAGACCUUCAUUAUUAACAUGGAACAAAAAGUAAGAAAAGCUAGAUUGGUUUUGCUAUUGUAACAAUAAAAAGUCAUCCACAUUAAAAAAAAUCUAAACACUCUUCAUUUUAGAGAUGAACCCAUCAAAAUACUGGGGGGAUGAGCAAUAAAGGGGAGAAAGGAGACUGUUAAGCACCAGGUGAAAGCAAAUACAUUUCAGUGUUUAACAAGGUUUUUCUUUUUUCUUUUUCGGUGGGAUUGGAGUUUGAACUCAGGGCUUCGAACUUGCAAAGCAGGCACUCUACCACUUGAGCCACACCUCCAGUC